CGGACUGCUAGACGCGCUUUCUUCCGCCUCCGAGACUGGGAGCCCGAAGGUCUCCAAGCCCGUCUGCUGUUGCUCUUUCUUUGGGACGCGCCGUAAUGAAGCCGCUUUUCAGCAGCCUCCUGCAGCUCCGGACUCGAGGAUCCGUUCUGCUUCUUCCACGUACCAUGUCUGAGAGAUUUGGGGGGAAACACCGAAGUGUAACCAUGAAUCAUGCAUACAACACAAAAGGAGAAAACGCCACCAAGCCAACUGAACGGUAUCCAAUGCCAGAUAAGAAAGAUUUGCCACAUGAUAUAAUAGAACACAUGGAAGAAGCAAAAGUGAAGAAUGGGUUUUUGCCCAAUGUGUUUAAAGUGAUGGCUAAUCGACCAGAAGAAUUUAGGGUAUUCUUUACCUAUCACGAUGUCGUCAUGAACAAGAAAACAGGCAACCUAAGCAUGGCUGACAAAGAGCUCAUUGCUGUGGCAGUGAGUAUUGUAAACCACACUCCCUACUGUGUAAUUGCACAUAGUGCCUCUCAUCGGAAAUACUCCAAGAAACCGAGUUUGGCAGAUCAGGUGGCUGUGAAUUGGAAAAUGGCUGAUCUAAGUGAUCGCGAAGUGGCCAUGCUUGAGUUUGCCCUUGCUGUCUGCAGAGCAGAUAACAUAACGGAAGAGCACUUUCAGAAGCUGGAGGCACAUGGAUUUGACCGAGAAGAUGCCUGGGACAUAGGCUCCAUUUCAGCCUUUUUUGCCAUGUCAAAUCGCAUAGCUCACUUCACAGAUCUGCAUCCCAACCCAGAAUUCUAUAUCAUGGGAAGAAUACCAAGAGAGAAAGAGAAGACCAGUUCCUCCUAAUAAAACUUGCUGAUUUAUUAAUCUUCGCAAACAAUGAGGUCAAGCUUAACUAAUUACUGAGUGAAAGUUAUAAAAUCAAAAUGGACCAGUUUUAGAUGCAGUGAAAAGAGAAUCAAAGUUUACUUUUGAUUGUGCAAUACUUCUGAAGUAGUUUCAAGUACAUCUCAAUUGGAAUCAGUUUCUUUAAAAGAAGUGAGAUCAGAUACUUGCAACUCAGUUUCUUUUUAUCAUAAUUAAUGAUAUGCUGUGAUUAAGAGUUAACACUCAUAUCUUUUAUUUCUAUACAGCUGACUAAACAUCUGCUACAAGAAGACUUUUUUUUACUCAGACAUUAGAAAAGACAAAUGAGGUGUGUAUAUAUUCUCAUUUCCUCUAAAGUACUGGCAAGGUUUGGUUCGUUCCUAUACGCUUAGGUUUUUUGCACUGGAUCAGCACCCUUUUUUAUUUUCACGAGGUUUAUAAUGUAAUUCUAAUUCUGCUCUGGUUUUAACAAUGCUUUCAUACAUUUGUGAAUUUCAGCUUUUUUAUUUUUUGAUUUAUUAAAAAAGAUCCUGCAGACAUAAUUGGAAAAUGGUAUAAUAAAUUAGUAUAUGUGUCUAUGCUGUUGCUCUCUGUAAAACCUUUUAAAUUAUAGCGAUGUGAUAGCUUUCCUAAUGCUGAUAUCUCAGAGCUAUGCUAAAUAUUCCUGUAACCAUGUUAGACUUUCAAGCAAAGAUGGAAAAGCA